AUGGGGAAGUCCAAAUGGCUUGUAAACCACAGUAACCUGGUCAGGCAUAGGCCAGCACGAGUCCUGCACCUGCCCUGUGGCAGAGCAGGGGAGGCCAUUCGAUCGACAUUCUCACCAAGGGUGGAGCCACAGAGCCAGAAAGAAAAUUGUGUUGGGCAGAGUAUGAAAGUUGUCCACCAUGCCCUUGUUCCUAACAUCACAGAUGUGAAAGGCGAAAGAUUUAUACGAUCUGAAGAGAAACCAGAGUGUCUAACAUCACAGAUGUGGCAGGCCAUGGCUGAUGGAUAUAAGGGGAGUACAUUUUUAGCCCCACUGGUGAACCUGUCCCAGAGUUGGGAAACUAAUCAUUUGACACGGACUGUCCACAGGGGUAAGGCCAAUGUGCUGUACCAUGUCCUGUGUGCAGAGCUGAUGCUGCGUGAGAAAGAAUCCUUGCCAGAGAGAAGUCUGUCAGAGGAGGAAAGAAUGUUUCUCUCAUAUUUUCCCUCGCAGAAGUUUAAGCUGGAAAAGGAUAUCAGAGAACUUUACAACAUUGCAGACCAAGUUGACACAACCCACAAGAUGCUCACUAAGGCCAGUGUGGUGGCCAGCUCUUCAGGGGCUGUUUCUGGAGUCAUGAGCAUCCUGGGCUUAGCCCUAGCACCUGUGACAGCAGGAGGGAGUCUCAUGCUCUCAACAGCUGGGAUGGGGUUGGGGGCAGCGGUUGCCAUCACCAACGUCUUAAUGAAUGUCUUAGAACAUAGAAACAGCUUGGCAGCAAGAGACCAAGCCUGCACUGUGGCACCUAUGACUACGACAUUGGAGUACGAGGCUUUUGGAGGAAUAAAGCUGUCUGAAGUUGAGGCUGUUGCUGUUAACAAGUGUAUAGAAGUCAUCAAGAGCCUCAAGGCCUUUCGUGCCUACCAGGUGGCCAAAGCCAACUCUGGCUUCAUGGCUAAGGUCAAGGAUUUUGUGGCCACAAGCCGUGUCCCUUUCUGGAAGGCUGGAGGGGUGCAGACAGCCUUUGAGGGCACAGCUCUGGCCAUGACCAAGGGUGGGGUGGUGGGUGCUAUGGGGGCGGGCCUUUAUCUUAUGAAAGAUGUGAACAGCAUCCUGCAGAACUGGAAGCACCUGGAGCAGGGGGUGAGGGCAGAGGAGGCCAAGAAAGUGAGGACACUUGCUAAGGAGCUGGAGCAGGAGCUGAGCCACCCAGUGGCUACCAGUGCCUGCAGUAGCUACCAGUGCCUGCAGUAG